GCUUGCAGCACCAUGGGCAAAGUUGCUGGCUGCUCCUUGACUGCCAGGGCAGAGCCAAGCUGCUUCCCUCCUGGGAGAAGCUGCUGCUCUUGCUGCAGAAGUGACCCCGCUUCUCCUUGCUCUCACUCAGGUGGUGGCAGGGAGCCCUUUUGCAGGCAGCGAACUCCAAGCCGCUGCCUUGCUGCUGAUGCAAAACCUCCACAGCAGGAUCCACAGAGCUGUGGGGGCCAUGUGGGCCGCUGAGAUCCCCCUGCUGCUGCAGUGCCUCCAAGGGAAAGAUGAGAGCUUCCCGGACUCUGCAGAGUGGGAGCAGCGCCUACUGAAGUUCCUGAGGGCGUCAUUGGAUACUAUGGAGGAUGAGGCCUGGACCAAGGGCCUGAGCUGCAAGUUGAGCCAGUGGCUGAGCAAGUCUCCCAGCAGCUCUGGAGAAAAGUCUUUCCUGUACAAGGCUCUGGGGACAGUGCUGGGAGCUUGCAAGGAAGUCCUCCACAUCCAAGAGAAGCUCCUGCAACACCUGGAGGAAGCAAACGCAGAGAAGCCAUCUGAGGCCCAGGGAAUGAUCUCUCUUCUCAGCCAUGCUGCUGAGAGCAACUUUCACACAGUCCUGGACACACUCACCAUGUUUGCGUCCAGGCUGUGCAAAGGCCAGAAUAGGAGGAUUCCCAGACGCAAGAAGAUGGAGCUGGACAGCAGAAGAGCUCACGCCACACGCAGCGCUCUCAUCCUCGCCCACGGCAGCUUGGCACUGCGUGCCUCCAAGGAACAGCUGCUGGCCCGCCUGGAGGGAGACAUCGUGGGCAACAUCCUGCUGCUCUACAGCUGCAGCUGCCGGGACCUGCAGAACACGCUUGCGCUGCUGCAGAGCAUCACCGACUUCAGCUCUGCCUUCCAAGCUGUGGAUGACUCUGCCUGCUUUAACCCCUCCUUGAAGAGCAAGCUGCUGGAGAUCCUGACGGACUUGCUGAAGAAAUAUUACUUGGGCACCCCUGUAUCCCCAGUGCCCCUCAAGGUGGUUCUGGCCCUGGAGCAGUUGAGCAAGCUGAAGCCCUCCGUAGGAACCAAGGACAUGUGUGACAUGUUGAUUCUGUGCUGCAAGAGUAUUGUGACACACCCUUCAGCGGAGAUGAUGCUGAAGAUCAGGAAGUCACAGCAAGCAGCUCAGUACCUGCAGCUUCUGCAAACAUCACUGAAAGCUCUGGGCCGGCUCAUGGUGGUCCUGCUCGAGACAGAGACCACCAGUGGCUUCUUCCAGAACAUAGUCCAUAGAUCAAUGACAUCAGACAACAUGUGGGAGCGCAAGAGGGCCCUGCAGACCUUCUCCCAGCUGCUGGCUGCUUGUGAAGAGCAUGGAAGAGGAGGUGCCUGCAAGCACUUUGGCUCCUUGGUGGGAUUGCUGGUGCCCCUGAUGUGUGACCCCAUGCCCACAUCCCGCCAGUUGGCCGUCACCUGUCUGAGCUCCCUUCUCCAAAUCCAAGCCAAGGCGACCAACAGAGUCAUCCAGACAGGAGACAUCGGGAGCCUGUGUGAGGGGCUGAAUGACUGCAGCACCGUCUGUCAGCUCCAGACCUCUUCCAAAAUCGCGCGGAUUGUGUGCAGAAGUUUCUCCCUGGAACACACCAUAGAUUUCAUGAUGGCCAUCAAGGACACCUUCCGGAAGGCCAAAGGAAUGCGUGUGCGUGCUGCUGGCAAGUGGAUGAUCACCUUUCUGCAGAUGUAUGGAAAGGACAUCUGUCGGGAUCUUGAUCUUUCACCGAUCAUCUACAUCCUGCGCAGCUGCAUAUCGUCCAUGAAGCACAGCACGUUCAUGCCAUUCCUGUGCCAGGCGGUGGCCAUCCUCACCCGCUGUCACGCAAACAUCACAAUUGACAGCUUCUUCCACCAGCUGUGAGCCCUCAGACAGGUAUUGGCCUUUGCUGUUGUUGCGGUCCCAGCUGUAGCUUGCCUCUGCCAGAGGGAUCCUGGGAGGAAGCAGCAAGGUGAAAAUUACUCAGUCAUGACUUGAGAAACCCUUUUUCUAGCGAACAUGGAGGAGAAUAAGAGAGUUUUCUCUUCAGUGGUGCAGCAGGGAGAAGAAAAAGAGAAGAGAAGAGAAGAGAAGAGAAGAGAAGAAGAGAGAAAGAGAAGAGAAGAGGAAGAGAAGAGAAGAGAAGAGAAGAGAAGAGAAGAAGAAGAGAAGAGAAGAGAAGAGAAGAGAAGAGAAGAGAAGAGAAGAGAAGAGAAGAGGAAGAGAAGAGAAGAGAAGAGAAGAGAAGAGAAGAGAAGAGA